AUGGACGAAUGUAUCAGGUAUAAGGUUGUCUUUAUGGCGGGGUUCUGUCGACUGUCCUCUGCUGCCCCUGUCACCACUGCUGAUUCCACGUGUCCUUAUGGCGGGGUUCUGUCCACUGUCCUCUCCUGUCCCCGCACCACUGCUGACUCCACGUGUCCUUAUGGCGGGGUUCUGUCCACUGUCCUCUCCUGUCCUCGCACCACUGCUGACUCCUCGUGUCCUUAUGGCGGGGUUCUGUCCACUGUCCUCUCCUGUCCCCGCACCACUGCUGACUCCUCGUGUCCCCGCACCACUGCUGACUCCUCGUGUCCCCGCACCACUGCUGACUCCUCGUGUCCCCGCACCACUGCUGACUCCUCGUGUCCCCGCACCACUGCUGACUCCUCGUGUCCCCGCACCACUGCUGACUCCUCGUGUCCCCGCACCACUGCUGACUCCUCGUGUCCCCGCACCACUGUUGACUACUCGUGUCCCCGCACCACUGCUGACUCCUCGUGUCCUUAUGGCGGGGUUCUGUCCACUGUCCUCUCCUGUCCCCGCACCACUGUUGACUCCUCGUGUCCCCGCACCACUGCUGACUCCUCGUGUCCCCGCACCACUGCUGACUCCUCGUGUCCCCGCACCACUGUUGACUACUCGUGUCCCCGCACCACUGUUGACUCCUCGUGUCCCCGCACCACUGCUGACUCCUCGUGUCCCUGCACCACUGCUGACUCCUCGUGUCCCCGCACCACGGUUGACUCCUCGUGUCCCCGCACCACGGUUGACUCCUCGUGUCCCCGCACCACUGCUGACUCCUCGUGUCCCCGCACCACUGCUGACUCCUCGUGUCCCCGCACCACUGUUGACUACUCGUGUUCCCGCACCACUGUUGACUCCUCGUGUCCCCGCACCACGGCUGACUACUCGUGUCCCCGCACCACGGCUGACUCCUCGUGUCCCCGCACCACGGUUGACUCCUCGUGUCCCCGCACCACGGCUGACUCCUCGUGUCCCCGCACCACGGCUGACUCCUCGUGUCCCCGCACCACGGCUGACUCCUCGUGUCCCCGCACCACGGUUGACUACUCGUGUCCCCGCACCACGGCUGACUCCUCGUGUCCCCGCACCACGGCUGACUCCUCGUGUCCCCGCACCACGGCUGACUCCUCGUGUCCCCGCACCACGGCUGACUACUCGUGUCCCCGCACCACGGCUGACUACACGUGUCCCCGCACCACGGUUGACUACUCGUGUCCCCGCACCACGGUUGACUCCUCGUGUCCCCGCACCACGGUUGACUCCUCGUGUCCCCGCACCACGGCUGACUACUCGUGUCCCCGCACCACGGUUGACUCCUCGUGUCCCCGCACCACGGCUGACUACUCGUGUCCCCGCACCACGGUUGACUACUCGUGUCCCCGCACCACGGUUGACUCCUCGUGUCCCCGCACCACUGCUGACUCCUCGUGUCCCCGCACCACGGCUGACUCCUCGUGUCCCCGCACCACGGCUGACUCCUCGUGUCCCCGCACCACGGCUGACUACUCGUGUCCCCGCACCACGGUUGACUCCUCGUGUCCCCGCACCACGGCUGACUACUCGUGUCCCCGCACCACGGUUGACUACUCGUGUCCCCGCACCACGGUUGACUCCUCGUGUCCCCGCACCACUGCUGACUCCUCGUGUCCCCGCACCACGGCUGACUCCUCGUGUCCCCGCACCACGGCUGACUCCUCGUGUCCCCGCACCACGGCUGACUCCUCGUGUCCCCGCACCACGGCUGACUCCUCGUGUCCCCGCACCACGGCUGACUACUCGUGUCCCCGCACCACGGCUGACUCCUCGUGUCCCCGCACCACGGCUGACUACUCGUGUCCCCGCACCACGGCUGACUACUCGUGUCCCCGCACCACGGUUGACUACUCGUGUCCCCGCACCACGGUUGACUCCUCGUGUCCCCGCACCACGGCUGACUCCUCGUGUCCCUGCACCACGGCUGACUACUCGUGUCCCCGCACCACGGCUGACUCCUCGUGUCCCCGCACCACGGGGGACUCCUCGUGUCCCCGCACCACGGCUGACUCCUCGUGUCCCCGCACCACGGCUGACUCCUCGUGUCCCCGCACCACGGCUGACUACUCGUGUCCCCGCACCACGGCUGACUCCUCGUGUCCCCGCACCACGGCUGACUCCUCGUGUCCCCGCACCACGGCUGACUCCUCGUGUCCCCGCACCACGGCUGACUACUCGUGUCCCCGCACCACGGCUGACUCCUCGUGUCCCCGCACCACGGCUGACUAA